CUCUAGUAAAGACUAAAAGCCCCAGGGAAGUCAGUGAGAGCGGAGAUAGCAGGGAGCGACAUCAGCAGCAGGUAUUAUGGCGAGGAUUUCUUUAUAUCACUAUGCAGCCGCCUGGCAUUUGGGGCCGGGUGUGGUACCAGGUAAGGGGGCGGGGCACGAUAGGGAGUUGCAGUGAAGCUGUAGGUAAAUCAUGUCUCAGGCUGUAACAGCUUAGAUAGUCCGUUGCUUAAGCACUGAUUCCGCCAAGGAAUGUUGGAUUAUGAUUGGCUAUUAAGCACCCACACCUUUCAAGUUUAUUCCCUGAGACUGAGAUAUAACCAGCAGUUUCCCAUGUUGUGUGAAGGAAUUGGGCUGCUCCCUGUAACUCCUUCUCUGUGAUUUCCAACAUGCUGUUCCCCCAGCUCAGUACAACAGGCGGAACCACAAUGGAACUACUACUGCUGCGCAAACUGCUUCCCACUUCAGCUGACUCCGCUUUUAUAGUGACAGCAGAGUACCGGGGGGCGGGGCCAGUGAUGCGGGCCGGGGGCGGGGCCAGUGCUUGUAGUGCGCUAAAUGGCCGAUAAAAUGUUUUACACGGAAGCGGCAUCCACACCCAUUAAGCACCCACACCUUUCAAGUUUAUUCCCUGAGACUGAGAUAUAACCAGCAGUUUCCCAUGUUGUGUGAAGGAAUUGGGCUGCUCCCUGUAGCCCCUUCUCUGUGAUUUCCAACAUGCUGUUCCCCCAGCUCAGUACAACAGUUUCCCUGUUUCUCUUUGUUCCCUCUGCCUGGGCACUGAUACAUCAGAUAGCAGCAGUUUCUUCAAACCUCAGUCUUUGUGGACUUACGUGUGAGAGAGAUGGCAUUUACACACUGGACAAAGUACCCAAUGUUGGAAUCCUGGAAUAUGCUUGUCGGGACAAAUAUAAGAAUUUCAAUAAAGCUUACAAGGGCAGAGCUCGCCUGGAUGAAUCCUCUGGCUGCUGCAUUAUUAGAGAUGCCCAAAAAUCUGACAACGGCGACUACUUUUUGGAAUUCCAUGAAUAUGGAAAAAGAAAACAGCUGGUCCAGACUACUGCAUAUGUGAUUAUGUACCCAGUGUGUGUGACCAACAUAAGCGCCAGGCACAAUGGAGAAAAUGUGAGUGUGAGUGUUUCCUACAGUGGGGAAGAGGCGACAGUUGUGUGGGCAUGGAACGGGGAAGCCCUGCCUGAGAGACACCAGCUGAGUGACAGUAACAAGACUCUCACUGUACCCAGUACUGACACCGGCACAUUCACCGCCCUUGUCUCCAACCCCGUCAGUCACAGCAGCGCUCACUAUAACCUCACACUCCCGGGUAAAGAAGCGGAAUUGCAAUCUCAAGCUGGGACGAUCAUCGGAAUUAUUACUGGAUUUCUGCUGCUGAUUUUAAAGUGAUACUGACACCAGAAAUUAAAUCUUUUUUUUACAUCUAUCAUAA